AUGUCCCCCGUCAUCGCAUCAUCAACUGUAGCGCAAACACCAGCCGUUGAAGCCGACUUUUUACGUCUUAAUCUUAGUACUGACAAUAACGGUGGUUCCGGUUACACUAGGUCAAACUUCGGUCAUGACGAGAUAGACUCAAACGGUAUUCUGAUCCUUAAUGCGAAAAACAGAGGCAAUGCAAAAAACCCGGAUUUUCUGCCAACGUGGGAUCCAUCCGAAAAGUAUGCUCCAUUGGAGUUUCAUGCUUACGAAGAUCCUGCCCUUAAAGCAGACCCAUCAUUCCCGAAUCUGUUCCCUGACGCAAACGAAAAAGGACUCAAAGUUAAAAGUAUCACACCAAAAUUGGGUUCUGAAGUCAGAAACAUCCAGUUAUCUGCUCUCAACGAUGCUGCUAAAAAUGAAUUAGCUCUCUUAGUUGCCCAGAGGGGUGUCGUUGUAUUCAGGAACCAGGACUUAAUCGACAAAGGACCAGAAUUUUCGGUAAAGUUUGGAAAACAUUUUGGAAAACUGCACAUUCACCAAACUUCUGGUCAUCCUAGAAAUGCACCAGAGUUACAUGUUGUCCAUACUAGGCCAGAUAAAGGGGGAUUUGAGAAUGUGUUUAAGGAUGACAUCUCCUCAGUUCGCUGGCACUCCGAUGUCUCCUAUGAAUUGCAACCACCUUCUUACACCUUUUUGAGCAUCUUGGAAGCUCCUGAAAGUGGGGGCGACACCUUAUUUGCAAAUUCUGUCGAGGCUUACGAGAGGCUUUCACCAGCUUUCAGAGAGUUCAUUGAUGGAUUACAUGUGAUCCACAGUGCCUUAGAGCAAGCAGUUAACUCUAAAAACAACGGCGGUGUUCAGAGAAGAAAGCCAGUUGCACACGUCCAUCCCUUGGUUCGAGUCCACCCUGUUUUGAAAAAAAAGAGUCUUUACCUAAACCAAGGCUUUGCUAGGAAAAUUGUAGAGCUGAAAAAACCUGAGUCUGACGCGGUUUUGAAUUUUUUAUAUGGCCUGGUCAACAAUUCCCUUGACUUACAGCUUAGAGCCAAUUGGGAGCCUGGGACGGUCGUUGUCUGGGACAAUCGCCGAGUGAAUCAUUCAGCAAGUGUUGAUUGGGAUUCCGAAUCUGCAAGACAUGUGGUGAGGAUCACUCCUCAAGCUGAAAGGCCAGUUGAAGAUUUGAAAUUUCUCAAUGACAGUACUUAUUAUCCAUCUUCAACCACUGAUAGUGUGUCUCACAACUGA